CCGCAGCCAGACACACAUGUCACGUGACGGGGAGGUCAAUGAUCCUGACAAGAAAAUGGCGGAAUUUGUGGAGCUACGGUCAAGCUCGUCCUCACUCCUCUUCAUCCAUCGUUUUGUCAGCCUUGCCAAUGCCAUGCUCUUCCCAUGUUUGAUCUGAUCGAAUGGUUCUGGCAUUAUUCACGUUCAACAUUUUUUAGAUGCUUAACGGUCACAUAUAAUAAGGAUUUGUAAGAAACAAGGAAAUACACACGUAAGAAGCGAGCCGCAUGGACCGUAUAAUGAAGGAGCAUGGUAUCAAGUUUCAGAGUGUCAGAGCUACAAGUGUUACUGGGCUUCGCUGGGCGAAACAAGAGUGGUCCCAAGCAUGAGCUCCUUCUGAGGGUCCUGCACCUCCUGAAGAACGCCUCCUGCAGUCCAGCCGUCCAGAUCAAAAUCAAGGAACUUUAUCGCCGCCGCUAUCCCAGGACGAUAGACACUUGUCUCACAGACUUGGCUGCGGUUAAGUCCGCGUUCUCCGCGGCAGCGGAAGGCGGUGGCGUUACCGUGGUAACCUCUGACCUCAGUGACCUGUCCCCUGACGGCGCCGGUGUCUCCCGGGACUUUGACCUGGCGUCCGAUUCGCUGCUCCUCUCUGGUGAUUCGCUGCUGCUCCACGAGGAGACCAAUAAGGAGCUGAGGAUGAACCUCCAGCAGCCCGCCCCUCUCAUCCCUCCGGUCCAUCCAGACGUCCAAAUGAAGUCUCUGCCAUUCUACGACGUGUUGGACAUCCUGGUUAAACCCUCCAGCCUGGGUCAGUGUCUCUCUGGAGCCAGCACUGUUCAGAGAUACCACCAAGAGAAAUACUUCAUUUUCGCCUUGACGCCUCAACAAGUCAGGGAGGUGUGCAUUUCAAGGGACUUCCUACCAGGUGGCAGAAGAGACUACAUGGUUCAGAUACAACUGAGGUUUUGUCUGUCAGAAACAAGUUGUCCCCAAGAAGACAACUACCCCAACAGUCUCUGCAUUAAAGUUAAUGGGAAGCUCUUCCCCCUGCCGGGUUAUGCCCCGCCCCCUAAAAAUGGAGUGGAACAGAAGAGACCGGGAAGACCUCUAAAUAUCACCUCAUUGGUCAGAUUGUCCUCUGCCGUACCCAAUCAGAUCUCUGUAACGUGGGCAGCCGAAAUCGGAAAGACGUACUCCAUGUCGGUGUAUCUGGUGAGGCAGCUGACCUCUCCUCUACUGCUGCAGAGGCUCAGGAUGAAGGGCAUCAGAAACCCAGACCACUCCAGAGCGCUGAUAAAAGAGAAGCUGACAGCAGACCCUGAUAGUGAGAUUGCCACAACCAGCCUGAGGGUGUCGCUCAUGUGCCCCCUGGGUAAAAUGCGUCUGACCGUGCCGUGUCGAGCUGUCACCUGUUCCCACCUGCAGUGUUUCGACGCGGCCCUCUACCUGCAGAUGAAUGAGAAGAAACCCACCUGGGUUUGUCCUGUCUGUGACAAGAAGGCCCCCUACGAGAGCCUGAUCAUCGACGGGUUAUUCAUGGAGAUUCUGAACGACUGCUCUGAUGUGGAUGAGAUCAAGUUCCAGGAGGACGGGACCUGGUGCCCCAUGAGACCACGGAAAGAGGCCCUCAGUGUGUCCUCAACCUGUAUCCCAAAAAUAGAACCGCGUUUAUGUGCCGUGGUCCCCUCCCACAGCGAGCUCAGCUCAACCAAUAAGAAGGCAGACGUGAUCGACCUGACCCUGGAGAGCUCAUCAGAGGAGGAGGAGGAGGAGGAAGAGGAGCCUGAUCCACCACUGAAGAAGAGAUGCCUCUACAUGUCCAAAACAGAGGAGGUGCACGCCAAGGGAGUGUUGACGUAUCAGCCGUCGACGGUGCGCCUCCCAAAUGUACAGGACACGCCGUACCUGAUGUCUUCACUGGCAGACUAUACAGUCCCCUUCCACCACUCCACCCUGUCCACCAUCCCUACAGACAUGCAGAGUAAGUCACCAUCCCUACAGACAUGUAGAGUAAGUCACCCUGUCACCAUCCCUACAGACAUGCAGAGUAAGUCACCCUGUCACCAUCCCUACAGACAUGCAGAGUAGUCACCCUGUCCACCAUCCCUACAGACAUGUAGAGAAGUCACCCUGUCACCAUCCCUAAGACAUGUAGAGUAAGUCACCCUGUCA